CAAGGAAUAUAUGCCGGAGCAGUAGCGUAAGAGUGUCUGCACUGCUGGCGAUUCUUCAAGAUGGCUGCGGCAGGAAAGAAGAACAAAAAAAUGAAGGGUAAAACCUUCGGCCUGACGGAAUUUUUAGCCGAUGGUUCUUCAGGCCCAGGUGCUGGCCAGACCGUGAUUACACGGAAGUCAUCCAGUUGGGCUGAUGAUGUUGAGAAUGAAGAUGAAAUUUUUGAUACGGGACGCAAGGAGAAGGUCAUCCUUCCAACAGCUCCAAGGGCCACCAGGAGCCCUGACCUGGAUGAUGAGAAAGUCCCCAAGGUCCCACCCUUUUUGGCAUAUAUUUCCAAUUUGCCAUAUGAUGUAGAAGAUACUGACAUUUCCAACUUCUUUAGGAGUUUAGAGGUUACAAAUAUUCGCCUUCCUCGAGAUGAACGCAGGGCAAAGGGUUUUGGCUAUGUUGAGUUUGGAAGCCGCAGCAGCCUUAUUAGUGCCCUCACAAUGGUUGACACUACGGUGAGGGGUAGACGUAUUCGUAUUGAAGUGGCAGAAAACAGUGACAGUGAUCGUAGAGGUCGAGGGGGUCGUGAUCGAGGUGAGAUGAACCGAGAUCGCCUCGAUGGACCGGACAGAACUUUGGGUGACUGGCGUUCACGACCGAAGGAGGAACCAGUGCCCGAUCCUGAAAGUGACAGAGGUGGUGGUUUUGGGAGGGACAAAGAUGGUGGCUAUGAUCGAAGAGGACCAGGUCGCCGUGAUUUUGGCAGUGGUGGAUUCCGGGAUGGUGAACGUUUCAGGGACAGUUAUGGGGACAAAGACCGUGGGUAUGACAGCCGUGAUGGUUAUGGUGAUCGUGGAAGAUUUGGAGGAGAACGGGAUGGCUAUGGAGACAGGGAUAGGUUUUUCAGCCGGCGUGGUGGUGAUCGAGACAGGGAUUUUGGAAGCAGAAGUGGUUUUGGUGCACGUAGGACCUAUGGGUCUGGAUCCGAUUAUGACAAAGAAGGUGGUGGUGGUGGUUUUAGAGGCAGAGAUGAUGGACCUCCUCCAGAAAGAGCGGAACCUAGAAGUCGGCCACGACUCAAUCUGCAGCGUCGCAGCAAACCCGAGGAACCUGUGGCCCCACAGGCAUCCAUCUUUGGAGGUGCAAAACCAGUUGACACAGCUGCCCGAUUGAAGGAGAUAGAGGAGAGACUGGAGAAGGAGAAGGGAGAAGUGCCACGGCUGCCCCCCAGAGACACAAGAAGUGAGGACAACAGGCGGGAAGAACGUGUCAGCAGGCCCAACUGUCAGUUGCGUGGCCUGCCCACAUCCACACACUCAUGUGAGAGGUCUAAGAGUGGAAGUGAGUAUGGUGACCGAGAUGACGAUGUUCCAGCCGAGAAGCCACCCACUCCAAGGAGAAUGGAGCCUGCCCCACCACCUAAGGAGAAUGUUUGGGUUCGGCGAUCACAACAAAGUCAAACCCCACAUACUGAUGAUUCUGCAGAAGGAAAUGGCCAUGUGAGUCCACACAGUGAUCAUUCAGAUCACGAACAGGAGCACAGAGGAAACCGACGAGAUUCACCACGUAGGCAGCAGACACAAAGAUCUGACUCUCCUCGUCGGUACCAUGAACCUGGUGACUCGGAGAGGAAGACGCAAAACAACCGUAGCACCCCACGUAGGCAGUAUGACAGAGAUGACAGAGGAGGACGAGGACAUCCGUCUAGAGGGGGUGGAUCUGCCCGAGGUGGAGAGAGGCAAAGGGGAGGACGAGGAGAAGGCAGGCAAAUUGUUGAGAGAGAACAUAAGCGUGACAGUGGCCCACAGGAUGAAUUAGGUCGUAUGCCAAAAUACCGGGAACAGGAGACUCCCAAUUUUGCGGGCUCAAACAAGUUUGCAUAUCUUCCAGACGAAGAUGACCAGUUCCCUGAAACAGAGUAAGGAGAAGCUUAAAACACUCCAGCCAGUUGGUGAGGUAUAUCAGGACUGGAGAUUUCGUUGCUGUAAAUCAAACAUGUUAUUGUUAUGUCAUUACACCCUUGGUCUUGCAUAAUAUAGUGUUAUAUGCCCACAGUUGAGAUUGUGAUACUGACCACUGUCCGGUGCUAAGAAGAUUUCUGUCUGCUGCCAUGUGAUAGUGUAUAGUCUGGUAUGUGUUUACUCAUGUUUUAGAGGAAUAUAGUGGCACUAUUUUUAGGGUGGACAAGUAAACUGAUUAUGGAAAAAUGUGCUAUUCCCUUUCGUUAUAUGAGGCCACAUUUUUUUUUCUUUUUUUUUUAGUUCAGCAUACUCUACUGCCCUCUGGAUGGUGGCAGUACAUUGCUCCAAAAUGUUGGUAAGCAUCUACCAGACAACAUGGCAUCUCAUCCAGCGAGACAAUAUCUGAGAACCUCAUAUCCUUUGCUACAAAUCAAGUUUAGUGAAGAGCAGAGAGUCUCUUAUGAUUCUUAAGUUCCUAUUUACAGGCUUCUUUCCAGGUAUCUUGAAAAGUCCUGGAGUUCUGGAGAACGACUGUUUUUUAUUGACAAACACCAGGAUUUCUUGGGUGCCUGGGAAGAAUUUGUGCAGGGCUUUCCCCCCUCCCUCACCCCAUUACUGGUAAGCAUAUUUUUAUGGGGAAAGAAAAGGCACUGGAGACUUGUAAAUAGUCACAAAGAAACAUUUUCCUACCACAAUUCUUGGCCCUUGUUUGAAGAUGUCUUUCUUCAUGGUUUCUUUUAUCGCAGAAGUUUCUGUUAUCUUGCAUAGCCAGAGUUGGGUCAUUUUUGUAAAAUUUUAUAGCAAUUUCUUACUGCAAGGGAGAAGUUGUAAGAUAUGGCAUCCCCACAUUUAUAGAGCUUCCUUUAAAACAGGUGUACACAAAUUGCUUGUCAUGUGAUGCAUUUUUGUUCAGUGCACUGUAGUAUGAUCAUAAGGGGGAGGGAAGUUAACAUAAGCUUUGUGUCCCUUCUACAGUUUAAUUCCCUUUCUCUUCAUGGAAAUACUUAUCAGUGAUGAAUGCUGUUUGACUUAGGAAACAUUUCAUAUUUAGGUCUUCUGCAUCAUGAUUCGAUGCAGUCACAAGUAGGUACCAACAUUUCAGAGGAACAUGCAGCCUCCAUCUUCAGGGCAGAAGUGCAGCACUGUUACCUGCCUACCAGACAAAGUGUAUCAUAACCCAGGAGUCCACUAUAUGAAUGGUCAUCACUGUGAUAACCUGUUUAGAAAAUGAGAUCAGUUGAAGAACUAUGAAGCGUUUUGUGGAAACUUAUAUUGUUCCCUUCUAUUUGCAGAAACAAAGAUGAAAUUUUUGAUAUCAUCCAAUAUUCACAAAGAAUUAGUUGGAAAUGAAUAAAUAGUCUGCCAAAAGGACUGAUUCUGUAGUUUAUAAUAGGAAUUAAUUUUCUCAGAAAUUUUAGAUCCUUAUGU